GUAGUCAUCUUGUCACUUUUCCCCAUCUUCUUGGACAGCAGUUCGCCCGUCCAAGUUCACGAAAGCUUUAGUAACCCCGACGAUUCAGGAAUCUCCAAAGACGACCCUUCACCUACAACCUCCCUAGGACAGGUGCGACGCCCGGCCGACCGAAGAUGCCGCCGAGAAUGCUGAGCCAUGACGCCUACAGAGUGGGAUGGAUCUGUCCGUUGCAGGUGGAACAGAUCGCGGCGAUGCUGAUGCUGGACGAGGAGCACGAAUCUCUACCGCAGUUGCCCGCGGAUCACAACGUCUACAAGCUUGGCAGCAUCAACAACCACAAUGUCGUUAUCGCAGGUCUCCACCAGCCGGGUAACUGCCCCGCAGCCACUGUCGUCGCCCAGAUGAGGAUGACAUUCCCGAACCUCAGGUAUGGCCUAUUGGUUGGUAUUGGCGGCGGAGUGCCGGUAGAGACGGAUUACGGGACGAUCCGGUUAGGUCAUGUGGUGGUCAGUAAACCGACGAGCAUACACUCUGGUGCAGUACAAUAUGACCAUGGAAGAGCGAGGGCGGGCGACUUUGAGCGGACAGGCGCCCUCGCGCCGCCGCCGGCAGCCCUCCUGAACGCUGCACAAUCCCUGGCAGUGCAGCGAGCAAUGGUGGACUGCGAUCCCGUUUGGGAGGAUACGCAGAGAAUGCAAACGAGCCGUCGAAGUCUUCCACGCUUCAAGUUUCCCGGUGUCGCGAACGAUCAUCUUUACCAAUCAGACUACAUACAUCAGCGGGCGGGGGCAUCUUGCGAAGAAGGUGGAUGUGACCCGGGGCAGCGCAUUGAGAGACCUAUUGACGAUGGUGACGAGUCUUUUGUCGUUGUACACCGAGGGACGAUCGCGUCUGGGGAGUUGGUGGUGAAGGAUGCUGAGCUGAGAGAUCGCUUAGCGCAGCAGUAUGGGCUGCUAUGCUUCGAGAUGGAGGCGGCAGGAGCGCUUGCCGAUUUCCCAUGCAUUGUUAUCCGUGGCAUCUCCGACUAAUGCGACUCCCACAAGAACGACCGGUGGCAUGGGUACGCGGCUGCGGUAGCGGCCGCAUAUGCGAGGCGGUUGUUCUUUCACAUGCCAAUCGAAGUCGCGCAAAGACCGCAACGGGAUCCGGCUGCGUCGGGUGAGGAGACCGGUCCACAAGAUGGGCAGUACGGGCAAGGUGCACUCCCUUACAAUGUCCGCCAAAGCAUACGAAGCCAAUACGAAUCCAAGAAAUCUGAAGUGGAAAAUGAC